AUGCAGGCUCGGAAGUCCAGAUCUGCCCAUGCGGCCGCCAGCGACUCAUCCUCCUUCAAUCGACAGUUGUUGCGCUCCGGUGGCAACGUCUUCGUCGGUAUCUGUCCACUCCCAGCAUUCCCCCAGUUCCAUGCCUUCACGGGUGAAUUCAUCCACUUUGGGGAUAUCGUACUCGUACACUUCCACCAAAACCACAUCGAACAACACGACGGGGCGAUUGGGAUUGCUUUCCACCGUUCGGUAAUGUUAACGAUACCACCUCCUUUCGCGCACUUCCGCAUCGAGGCGCAGAACUCUGCUGGCGAGUGGCAGACAAUUGCGUUCGACCAGAAUCGAGCGGCCUACGUCAUGAAAGCACUGUGCCCCGAGUAUCGCAUCUUCGUCGAGGACAGGCUCUGGGAGGUCUGGCGUCCUGAACUGUCCAUGGCAUGCGCGCUGCGUCCCCCUCAUCACUUCAUCAUGGCUCGUAGCGCCCACCGCUUCAACAAGCCGAAGCCCCCACGCUCUGCGGCACUGCCUAAGCAGGCCAACAAAAAUGCAAACGCAGUCGGCUACGCCAAGCGCCAGGCCCUCCGCUCGAAGCGCAAGUCUCGCGACGACGACGUAUACGAAUAUGCCCCGGAGAAGAAGGGGGAGCGCCGCGCAAAGAUCAAGAUGGACUUUGACCCUGAGGAGAUCAUGGACGUGGGAGGUGCGGAGGAGAGGGAGGAGCUGCGCGCGCGUCUGAUCGGGGAGAACUCUGAUGAGGAGGGCGGUGUGGAUAGUGAGGACGACGAAGAGAUUGAGAGUGACGACGCGUUCGACGAGGACGAUGAUGACCGGUUUGCGGGCUUCUUCACGAAGAAGACGAAGAAGACGAAGAAACCGCGGAAGCAGGUCGAGGUCGAUCUCAAUGAGGACUCGGACGAGGAGGGGGGCUCUCAUUUCGAAGGGGACGACAACGAUGAAGAUGAGGAAGAGGAAGAGGAGGGAGACCCCAAUGAGUUCUACGACAUGCUCGACGUCCUCGACGGCGUCGCGAAGAUCGAGUCCGGGAGCGACGACGAAGACGAAACACCUGCUCAGGACGAUGCCCCCUUGAAGUCGCGUCCUCCCCAGUCCGCUUUCGAGAGCGAAGACGAUGAGGACGAAGACGAGGAUGCCGAGGAGACUGGCGCUGACGAUGAUGAAGACGAUGAAUCUGUGGAUGACUUUGCUCCAUCCGACAUGGACGAGGACGCUCCCGAGGGCCUGGAAGAUCUCGCGAACUUCGUUUCCACCCUCGAUACAUCAUCCGGCACCAAGCGCAAGCCCGAUGCCGACGACGACUCUGCCCUUCCUACCCGCCCUGCUAAGCGGCGCAUCCUGCCCGAGCGCACCGAGGCAGGUCCUGAGAAUGAGUUCCGUGCAGCCACUACAGGCAGCAAAAUCGGCCUCGAUGAUCUCCUUGCCCCUCUCGCGUCUGAGUCCUCCUCAACCCUCCAAUCUCUCAAGCAGGCUGCGAAGGCGCUGCGUCCCUCAGUCUCGUCGUCGAAGCGCAAAGCGCAAACACUGUCCGCACCCCUCGCUCAGCGAGCGCAAGAGCGUCUUGACCGCGAGGCCGCCUAUGAGCAGACGAAGGAGGAGGUGGACAAAUGGACGGAUACCAUGAAGCGGAUACGACAGGCGGACCACCUCAGCUUCCCCCUGCAACGACCGACGCGAGAUGGAGAGAGUAGCUUGGUAGCUAAGUUCAAGCCUACAACUGCACUGGAAACAUCAGUCGAUCGCCUACUCAAGACGGCUGCACUGCGCGAGUCCGACCUCGAGCGGACCGAGGACGCCAUGCUCGAGGGCCAGUCCGAGCUCACCGUCGAAGAGGUCGCCGAACGUCGCGCGGAGCUCCGCAAGAUGCGCGAGCUCAUGACCCGCGCCGAGCUCAAAGCCCGCCGCGCGAAUAAGAUCAAGAGCAAGGCCUACCGCAAGCUCCAACGGCGCGCCAAAGAUAAACUCGCCGCUGCGGACUCGGAUGCUGAGAUGGACGAUGAGGAUCCCGAGGGGCAGGCCCGCCGCGAUCUCGAACGUGCGCGCGAACGCGCGACGCUGCGUCACAAGCAUACGGGCAAGUGGGCGCGGGCGCAGAAAGGGAAGCACGACGACAACUCGCGUGCGGCGAUGGAGGAGAUGCUGGACCGUGGCGAGCGGUUGAGGCGGAGGAUCGAGGGGAAGGACUCUGAUGAUGACGAGUCGGAUUCCGAUGAGGAUGAGGACGAAGAGGAAGGCGAAGUGGAUCCCGAGACUAUCAAGCGCCGCGCGUUCGACGAGCUUGCGGGGCUCGACGCGAAGGGGAAGGAAGCGGAGGAGGGGCAGAGCAAGGGCGCGCGCGCAGUCUUCGAGAUGAAGUUCAUGAAGGAGGCGAUGGCGCGGAAAGACGCCGAGGCGGCGCGCGUCGUGGACGAUUAUGUGCGCGAGCUCGGUGGCGCGGGCAGCGGCAGCGAAGACGGGGGCGAGGGCGAAGCCGGCCAGGACGACCCCAGCGGCGUUGUGUCCCUUCGCCAAGGCGGUCGCCUCAGCUUCCGCCCGGGUGUCGCUGCGUCCGACGCGUCGAGCGUCACGCUCAAGUCGACCGACUUUGUAUCUCCUGUCGACGAGGGCCCGUCUCGGUUCAGCGCGGACGUCGCAGACGAGGAGAACCCCUGGCUCGCGCCGCGCGACACGGCAGCCAAGGCGGCGCGCAAGAAGAACGAGGUGGUGGUGAGCAAGGACAGCAAGGCGCUGGACAAGUCGCGCGCCAAGAUGGAGAAGCGGGCGAAGAAGCGGCAGGUGGAGAAAGAGAAGGCGGUAGACGAGGCGGUGGUGGAGAUCGACGUGACGAAGGUGUUGACGAGGUCGGCGGACGGGAAGGAGAAGACGUCGAAGAAGGGCGAGAUGGAGGCGGUGAAGGAGAAGGAGGUGGCGGUGCCUGCAGCGGCGAGCGCGUUCGACUCUGAGGACGACUCGGAGGAUGAGGUUGAUCUGCAGGAGCAGGCGCUGCUCAAGAAGGGCAAGAAGAACAAGGGUCCGACUGCCUUCACCCAACGCGACCUCGUCGCGAAGGCCUUCGCGGGCGACAAUGUCGUCCAGCAAUUCGAAGAAGCCAAGCAGGCCGAGGUCAACGCCAACGCGCCCAAAGAGAUCGACACCACCCUCCCCGGCUGGGGCUCCUGGGGCGGGGCCGGCCUCAAAAAGCGCACAAAGCCCAAGUUCGUCAAGCAGAUCCCCGGCGUCGCCCCCGCCGCGCGCGCCGAUGCGGGGAAGAAGCACCUCAUCGUGAGCGAGCGGAAGGACAAGAAGGCGGCGAAGUACCUCGUCCGGGACCUGCCGUACCCGUACACGAGCGCGGCGCAGUAUGAGCGGAGUAUGGAGCGGCCGCUCGGCGCGGAGUGGAAUACGAGGGUGGGCUUCCAGCGGGCGACGCUGCCGAAGGUGGUCAAGAAGAUGGGCACGGUCAUCGAUCCGUUGGAGAAGUUGCAUUCUUGAGGGAUGCCUCGAUUCUUCCGCAUCAUCCAUAUCUAAGUUAUGCUUUGGUUGUGCAAUAUAUGUAUGUCAAGGUGCAUGCGAUAAUAUAUUCUGGGGGUACUGCUGGUGCAGGCAAC